AGCCAUUUUGGCUCAAGCGUUCGCAUGGCCGCGCCGUCGCCCCCCUCGCGGGUCCGUGGGAUGGCGCUGCCUAGAGGGGCUUGCGCGCCGCUGCUCGCCGCCUCCGCCCUGGUGGAGGCGGCCGUGCGCGGCGCCGUGCUGGGUGGCGCGCCGAGGCGCACCGUCGCGGCCGUCGCGCGGUCCGCAGUCUCGGCUGCCCUGUUCAGGGCGGCCGAGGCUCCCGCGCAGCCUGCCGACGGCGCUGAUGGCGGCGCCCCUCAUCCUCCACGUCCUGGGCCUGCUGGUGCUGCGGCUGCCGACCCGCGCCCCUCGGCGCAUGCCGCGAAGCGGCGGCGGCGGCGGCAGCGGCGCGCGGCGCGCAAGGCGGCGGAGAAGGAGGAGAAGGAAAAGAAGAUUGCCGACGUGGAGGGCGCGGCGGCGGAUGCUGGCGCUGCUGGGGCGGGCCUGCGGCUCGCGCAGGCGGCGCAGCCUUCCGCCUGGGCGGACUCCGAUGGCGACAUCGACUUCGACGACACGUGGGCCGACGAUGCUGUUCGUCGAGCCCCGCCCUGUGCUGCUGGUGCGGUGGCGGCGGAGCCAGCUCGUGCGGCUGGCGGAGCUGCUAGCGCGGCGGGGCGGGCUGGUCCUCCGGAGGCGGCGACGCUGAUGGUGGAGGAGCCCUCGGUGGUGGAGGACGUCAGGGAGGUCGCGAGGAGGCUCCUCGCGCAGCGCUCCCUUCGGUCUUCCUGAUUGUGCUCGUGGAGCUGCAGUGGCGAUUCCGGGUUCUCGGGGCUCAUGGAGUCGCUCGGGUGGUUCCUCGUGCACGCGUGCGUGGAGCAUUUGAUCUCCCGCUCGGCGACGUGGCACGUGUUCUACGUCGACUUCCACUGCUUCCUCAACGCGGUCGGGGGGCCAGUUCCUGGUCAGGUCCAGGGCUGGCCCCCCGCUGACCCUUUGUGGUGGCAGUGCA